AUGGAGGUCGUGGAAGGGAAGAAGAUCUCCUGGAAGAAACUUGCCUUCCUGUUCUUCAUCUUCGUCUCCUGUCUCUUUGUUUCUCUUCAUCAGUUCAGGACUUCUGAGCCAGACUAUUACGAUUUCAAUCUCUCUCCACAAACAGCCUAUGAUGGAAAUACCAGCGCCCCACCAAAGGCUGAACACCGGCUGACCAUCCUGCUGUGGAAGUGGCCCUUUGGGCAGCAUUUUGAUUUCAUAAACUGCUCGGAGUACUAUGGCGUCCCGGACUGCCACUUCACCGUUGACCAUCGCAGGUUCCAAAGGGCUGAUGCUGUGAUAAUGCAUCACAGGGAUGUAUACUGGGAAGCGAAGGGGCUGGCCCAGCUCCCCAGACUCCCAUCACAGCGUUGGAUCUGGUUCAACCUGGAGUCCCCAACUCACUCUCCAAACUUAGGUGCCAUGAACAACCUCUUCAACCUGACCAUGUCUUACCGGAGAGACUCGGACAUCUUCACCCCUUACGGGGAGCUGCAGCUCCUUGGCCAGCCCCAGUCCCUCAGCAUCCCACCCAAGACCAAGCUGGUGGCCUGGGUAGUGAGCAACUGGGUAGCGGGUUCCCACCGCGUAAAGUACUACGAGGAGCUGAAGAAACACAUCACCGUGGAUGUCUAUGGGCUUCAUCACAUGCCCCUGCCCCGCGACAAGCUCAUUCACACUGUGUCUCAGUACAAAUUCUACCUGGCUUUUGAAAACUCACAGCAUGAAGACUACAUCACCGAGAAGCUCUGGAGGAAUGCCUUAUCCUCUGGCACCGUCCCUGUUGUGCUGGGGCCUCCUCGAGCAAACUAUGAGCGCUUCUUGCCCCCUGACUCCUUCAUCCAUGUCGAUGACUUUGGCAGCGCCAAGGACCUGGCACAGUACCUUUCGGAGCUGAGCGGGGAUGCUGAGAGAUACCAGCGCUACUUCCAGUGGCGCAGGUGGUUGAAACCUGUGCCGGGGGGCAGCUGGGCCCUGAAAGUCUGCAAGGCUUGUCACUUCUUGCAGACGACAGAGGCCAGGUACCAGGUUGUGCCCAAUCUGUCUGGGUGGUUUGUGUAA